AUGGAGAUGAAGAUGGGGUCGCUCUCGUACUUCGAAGAAGAACUCGACUUCGGUUUCUUCCACGUUGAGUCGGAGGUUGAAGACACCAUUUCCGCUCACUGGGAGCUCGUCAAUGCCUCCGAUUCCGAUUCGGAUCUCUCCGAUUCCGAUGCUCCUGAUAGCCCCGUCCUCGACGGGUCUGUGGAUAAUCUCAGUCUUCAAAGCGGGGUCGCUCGCAUAGAUGAUCUUGACGCGCGGGGUGGUUCGAGCCGAGAUGGCGACUCUCUCGUUUCUUGUCCGAUUCCCCUUCCUGAAACCCUAGAAUUCCGUGCGGACAAUUACAUUGUGAAAGCGAACGUCGGGGGCGAUUGGCGCCGGGAUGAUCCUGAUGAUGAUGGAGACGACGAUGAAGAAGAAGAAAUUGACGACGACGGGCUGGACGACGAGCUUGUGCCACGUCACCUGAGCGGCAAGUUUGGAAGGCAGAGAAUAAGGAAGUUGGGGAAGAGGGCCUGCUCGAAGAUGAAUUACUCGAAGAGGUCGCCUCAUCUUUUUGUAAAGCCUGGCUGUCUGCAUGGGAAGCACGGGUUGGGGUUAAAGCACAGUCUUUGAUUGGAGGUCAAUCACUAUGCCUCGCUUUUGCAAUUUGCGGCGGGUGCUGGCCUUUAAGAAGGGACAUUACUUGGUCACAGAGCUCAUUCUGUUGACAGAGGCCCUUGAAGCUCUAAAACCUGACUCCCAUGAAGUUUCCUGGUUGCAAAUGAAAUCUUGUUUUCAACUGAAAAUGUUGAUAAAAAAAUUGAAAGAAAUGUGUGCUAUAGGGGAUCUCAGGUUAGAUUAAUUUCACAUUGUCUCCUAUCAUUGUUUGGAGUUUUACCCUGUAUGGCAAACUUCCAAAGCAUGGAUCAAUUGUCAGUUAAUUAGAUAACUUGAACAUCA